AUCAUGAAGACCAGCCAUGACCUACGACAGCCAUGGCUCUCGUUUCAUACAUUAUGCCCUUUGCCGUCGCUCUAAGCCUCUACUACCUGCUCCAAGGGCCACUCAGCGGUAUCGAAGUCUCAAAAAUCAUGCCUGAUCGGAUGCUUUGGGCGUCAGCCCGUACUCCGGCCGCCAAGCAGUUCAACGCCUGGCUCAAAGUGUUCAAUAUCGGCGACCGUGACGCUCUGCUCAGCUACCAUGUAGACAAUUUCCCAUAUGGUGUCGCUAGCGAGGAUCUCGCCGGCAUCGAACGAGAGAUGGUAUUCUCAACGCACACUGGCGGUUUCCAUGUCAUGCAGAUCCAGCAAGUGCCGGAGGAGCGUACCAAAGAAGGCGAGGAGACCGUGAACGUCCUGCUUCGUGAGAAGAAGCGACCACAGUUUGCUCGGGCGUCCAUGAAGGUAGACUUGUCCAAGAAGGACUAUCCUGUGUCCAAAUUCGAGAUCCAUCCUAUUCCUACCCCAAUCAAAUAUGCUCCAGAGGACAAAAAAGAGUACUACAGAAAGGCUCUGGCACCAUUGACAACGGAGCGGAGGCACAUGGUGCUGGACGAAAUCGCAGACGUCGUGCGGAAGAGGUACAUCUUCCCAGACAUUGGAGACAAGAUGAUCAAGGACCUUCAAGCAAGAGAAGCGAGCGGAGAAUACGAUCACUACGCCGAAUCUGACAUCUGGGCCCGUCGAUUGACCGAAGACAUGCUCGCGGUGAGUAACGACCAGCAUAUUCGAGUCAUAUUUGCCGAACCCCCGCCAGGAGUCCACGGCGGAGACGGCGACAACCUGAGAGAACCACCCGACCUCUUCGAUCGGCUCAAAGGUAUGAAUUUCGGCCUCGGUGAACCUUCUGUGGAGGUAAUCGAAAAUCACAGAAUCGGCUUCCUGCCAAUCGACGGCUUUGUACCAACGACACCAGAAGUGACCAGAGAAUACGAGAAGAUCCAAAAGGCAAUUGGCGAUAUCGUCUCUCAAGUUGCCGACACAGACGCAUUAGUGCUCGAUCUGCGCAGGAAUGGUGGUGGUCAUCCCUCAACGGUCGCUUUCGUCCUGUCGUAUUUCCUGCCCGAGGGUCCCGUUCAUUUACAUGAUUUUGUGGAUUGGGACGGUGUUGUGAAAUCUACAUACUCGACCCUUCCUACAAGCGAACUUCCAAAAGGCACUCACCCAUUCGGUGAAUCGAGACCUCUGUUCCUCCUCACCAGUAAGAGAACCGUCUCCGGUGGUGAGGACAUGUCAUACAAUCUCCAAGCCCGGAAACGAGCCACGGCCAUCGUUGGAGAGGAUGAAACCACGGCUGGAGCCGCAAAUCUAGUCACCGGACCUAGCAUUAUCUGUGAAGAAGAAUUUGGAGGUCGGUGGUGGCAUGUCGGUAUCCCAGAUAGGAGGCCUGUUAAUGUGGUGACCGGAACCAAUUGGGAAGGAUUUGGCGUGAGAAGCGACGUCGUGGUAGGGGAAAACCAAGAUCCAAGAGCCAUUGCCAGAAGCAUGGCACUAGAGCAGCUUGCAUCGAGAAAUGAUGCGAAGUCCACCAUGCUUGUGCAGUAG